AUGGGACAAAAAAGAAUGAUAUCUAAUGUACUUGAUAAAAAUCCUAUUACUACCAGAUCACUUCGAGUUACUACUCGAUCAAUCAUUCAGCCAAGAAUUCGUAAAGUACCCUGUUUAUGUAGCGAUUGCGAAGGAAAGUUAGUUGCUUCUUGCACAAAGAAUCGACAUGAAUUAUCAAGCCAACUUUUGUCAGAUGUUUCAGAAGUAAUUAUCGAAAAUACUGAAAUUUGGGAUAACGAACUAUCCGAAGUUUUGGAAAAUACUGAAAUUCGGGAUAAUGAACCAUCUGAAGUUUUGGAAAAUACUGAAAAUAUUAAUGAUAAAUCAUCUCAAUUGACUAUUUUAAAUGAGCAAAGAGUUGAUCGAUUGCCUUGA